UGAGCAGAGCCUCAAAUCCCUAAUCCUAUUAGUCGAUGAGAAAGUUGAAAGGGAAAGAGGCGUGGCUAAACCACAGUUUACCAGGAGGGACGGGGGAAGGGCUAAUAAAGACUGCGUGCGCAGCCGCUCUCCUUGUCCACCUGGUCGACGAACGGCGGGGAAGGGCGGGGCCGGAUCUCGCAGCGUGCUUACGUAGCUAUAGCUCUGUGGAGUUUCGGUGUGCGUCAGAGAACUGCGAAUACCGGGCGGAACUGAGAGGCCGCUUCUCCGCACCCGCCCUGGACCCUCCGGCACUGCAGAGCUCCCCGAGUCAGGGGCCCCGGACCCCAGGGCUGAGGAGGACUCAAGCAGGACUUUCCAAAAGUUGCCGCGGGGCUUUCCGAUCCCCUCGGCCAUCUCCCAAGUCUGGCAAGGCUGAUGGGGCCAGCGAGGAUUCUCUGCACCUUGACGUUCAGAAGCUGAAGGAGAAGAAGGACAUGCUAGACAAGGAAAUCUCCCAAUUAAUAUCUGAAGGCUACAGUGUCGAUGAACUGGAGGACCACAUCUCCCAGCUCCAUGAGUAUAAUGACAUCAAGGAUGUAGGCCAGAUGCUGCUAGGCAGACUAGAUCGCAGACAGUUGGAUUAUCCUGCCUCUGUCCGCAGAAGGAGGAGCUGGGAGUCACGGUGUCUGGGUCUCUGCCACACAGCGCUUCUCUGCCAGCACUAAUUUCAAAUCUUAUAGCAAGAGGGCUUCCCUGGUGGUGCAGUGGUUAAGAAUCCGCCUGCCAAUGCAGGGGACACAGGUUCGAUCCAUGAUCAUCUUCCAUGAUCCGGGAAGAUCCCACGUACCGUGGAGCAACUAAGCCUGUGCGCCACAACUACUGAGCCUGCACUCUAGAGCCCACGAGCCACAACUACUGAAGCCUGCGCACCGCAGAGCCCACAUGCCGCAACUACUGAGCCUGUGCUCUAAAACCCAUGAGCCACAACUACUGAGCCCACGUGCCACAACUACUGAGCCUGCUCACCUAGAGCAGGCUCCACAACAAGAGAAGCCACCACAAUGAGAAGCCUGCGCACCGCAACAAAGAGUAGCCCCCGCUCGCCGCAGCUAGAGAAGCCUGUGCACAGCAACAAAGACCCAACGCAGCCAAAGAUAAAUAUAAAUAAGUAAAUUUAUAUUAAAAAAAACUUAUAGCAAGAUAUCUUUCCCUCUUUAUACUAGUCAUUUUGCUUAACUCUAACCUUAUCCUCAACCCUAAUUCCAGCCGUAAUUCCAAAUGUUACUAGAAAGCAAGGACACUUCUCACUAGUUCCCUAAAAUCCCUGCCUCUACGGUUUUUCGUUUUUUCCGCCUUGCCAUGCGGCUUGUGGGAUCCUAGUUUCCCAACCAGGGAUCGAACCCGGGGCCUCGGCAGUGAGAGCACAGAGCCCUAACCACUGGACCGUAACCACUGGACCGUCAGGGAGAUCCCCCUGCCUCUUUACAAAUUACAGACCUCCUGUGGCUAUGCACUUGUUUUCUGAUGAUCGCCCAGAGUUGCAUUCUUCUGGAAGGCAACAGAAGGCACUAAGGUAGAUUCCAGGUUCUCAAAUUGAGAAUGAAUACACUGCCAGUGCUCCAAAGACUUUUGCAUUUGGGGCCAAUUUUAAGGCACCCCUGGAGGAUGCUUGGAAAGCAUCAUCUGGGUCCACUUCCCUCUGUGUGAAGUCAGCGCUCCCAGGUGUGAUGGCAAGCAGAGGCCUCAAGGGGGCAGUGUCUGCUCAGAGAUGCGUCCAGCUGCCGGGGAAGCUGCCCCUGGGAGGGCUCUGCCUGGGAAGGUCUGGUCCUGCCAAGCCACUGGCCACAGACAAGAUCCUCAGAAUGCCCCACAUAGAAGAGGGGGUUCUCUAUGGCAGCACCUCUCCCAGAGUCUGAAGUGACCCCAACCGCCACCCUGGGCAGUAAGGAGCCAACUGGUGGUGAGAUGUGCAUAGUGACACGUGCCAUUGGUCAGAGCGUGCCCUGAUGGUGCUAGGAAACGGGCUACCAAGGGCAACUGACACUGUGAGUGCAGGAACAUUGUUUGAUCACAUUCAGUGUAAACCUUACUCCAAAACAUUCAUCAUUUGGUACAUACUAGAGUUCAAAACACUAAUGAAAAACAGCCUGUAUUCUCAUCCCUGAGGGCAGAAAGGGGUCGUUUCCGGGCAGCCUGACCUCAUCGAGGCAGUGUCACCAAAUAACACCCCACUUUAGCUUUGCUCAGAAACAGAGGACAAUUUGCAGAGGGGAGGAAGGCCAGAUCGGGGGCGUCUGUUAUGGAAGAGUGGUGCCUGAGGGGCCCGCAACCUUGACGCCUGGAGGCUCUGUGAUGAAAGCUCUGGGUACUGUCAAGUCAGGUGUUGUCACCAGAUGAAAGGUGACGGCCACCAUUCAAACCAGUCACAAGCUGAAGGUUUCCCCAGAGAAGGGUUGAUGGAGAUAACUAACAUUUCUGAAACCUGUGGGUCAGCAGGGAGAUGAGUGCUUCAUGGGCAGUAUCUCACUGGCACCUCCCAACCAGAGUGUGGUUAGGUGGAGUAUCCCCAUUUCCAAACUGAGGUCUGAGGGGCAGAGUAACUUGCUCAAGGUCACAGUUCCAAGAAGCAGCUGAGCCCGUCUGGCUCCAGAGCCUGGCUGAUGGUGAGCUGUCUUCCUCCCAGCCGAGGCUCAGCCUCUUUUUUUUUUUUUUAAAUUUUGAGAUUUUUUUAAUGUUUUUUGUUUUGUUUUGUUUUUUUGUUUGUUUGUUUUGCGGUA